UAAAGCUUCACAAUUGCCUAGUAACUACUGUCUCCCUCUGUUGAUCUACAACUGUCUCCCCCUUACAGUUAACUGUCCAACUGACAGGAACCUCCAGCCAAUCCGACUUCAGUUUACCUUGUUCUAAGCCCCACCUACUGAAUCUUAAAUCAGCCUAUCUGCUAGAAGCUGCCACCUAGCAACCACUGCUAAACACAUUUGUAACAUUAUAACAAUUUAAGGCCUAAUGGCCUUCACAGAAUGUACCGUAUCUUUAAAACAACGUACUGUAUGUGUAACUCUCUCCACAUGUCAAGUGAUGUUCCUGUUUUAAAUCACCCCUGCAAAAAUAAAGUUCCUAAUUUGGUCUUGACACAAGCAAUAAAAUUGUAAAGAGGACUGGAGAGCAGGGGUGGCAGAAUUUUCCUGUGAUACUUAGAAAUAAUUUUAAAACGCAAUCAGGAUAGACUCCUAACCUGACUUGCCUCAGAGGAUGCAGCAAUGAUUUCAGUGGGUCUUAUUCCUGAGUAGGAAUGAUUACAAAUGAGCACAAGACCUCCAGCCUGAUUGCUGAAAGUGAUGUUUUGCCAGCUUUCGCCAGACUUCUGCAGAGCAACCCUCUUUGUGCAGUAAAGGCAGCUGAGGUGCUGGCAGAGAUAGCUAAAAAUGAGGAGAUGAAGACCCACUGUAUAGAUGCUGGCUUGGUGCCAGUCCUGAUCCCAUUAUUGGACAGCACAGACCAAGAGAUGUUGCUUCAUGUUGGCAGGGCCAUUGGUCGUAUCUGCUAUGAUAACAAUGACCUUCAGGAGCAGCUGGUGGGGGCAGAGGUGAUCAUGUCACUGGUCAGGAUAAUGUCAGACUAUCCCGAUAAUGAACCUCUUGUCCGUGUCAACCUGCUGGCCUUAUCCAACCUUGCAGAUAUAGACACUGCUAAACAGGCCCUUAGCAAGACCAGAGUUGCAGAACAUUUGGUACAUCAGCUACGGGCAGCAAACCACCAUGAGAAGGUAGAAAUCAUCCUUGAGGUUCUUCACACACUAGCAGAGAAUGAUGCCCUAAAAUCUCAGUUGGUUGAAGCUGGUAUUCAGGAAGCCAUAGUUGAGAUCCUGCAGAGGCUGCAAGACAGUUCCAAGCCAGAAGAUGUGUGCAGCUUGAAGGCUGCGUCGGAUCUGAUUGUGUCAUUGCUGCUUGGAGAUGAAUCCAUGCAGCAGCUGUUUGCAGAAGGGAAUGGUGUUAUCUACCAGAGUGUUGGAACAUGGCUUGCAUCCAAGCACACCCAGUUACAGCUGACGGGGGCUCUGGCCAUUGCUAACUUUGCCAGGAAUGACAGCAACUGUGUGCGGAUGGUGCAGCUGGGAAUCGUACAUCAACUUCUGGACCUUUUGGAGCAACAUGUGGAAAGUGGAGAUGUCUCUGUUCAACAUGCUGCCCUGAGUGCUCUCCGAAACCUUGCUAUACCAGUGGCUAACAAAGUCCAGAUGUUGGAUGAAGGGGUUGGCCAACGCAUCCAGAUGCUUUUGAGGUCGGAGAUGCCUCCUGUUCAGUUUAAGCUUCUUGGGACACUACGAAUGUUGAUGGAUGGUCAAGCUGAUGCAGCAGAGGAACUGGGCCAGGAUCGGGUGCUGCUCAACAGACUGGUGCAAUGGUGCGAUUCAAAUGACCACGCUGGAGUCUGCGGAGAAGCAAACCGACUGCUUGCAUCACUUUUGCGUCACAGUUGUUCUCAGGAAGUUGUCAAAGCCAUUCAAGAGGCCCAGGCAAUGAAGCACCUGGUUUCUAUGGCAACCAGUGAACAUGCCAUAAUGCAGAAUGAAGCACUGAUUGCCUUGGCGAUAGCUUCUGCAGUCAAUUUAGAAAUGAUCAAAGACACAUUUAAAGAGGCCAAGCUUGUUCAGAACAUACAUAAACUUCUCCAAGAUGAAAGCACAGGCCCAGAGGUGAAAUAUAAUUCAAUUGGUCUGUUGUGUAGCCUCCUGAAUUCAGGUGACCUUCGGAAAGAGGCUGAAGAGGACAAGAUGAAAGAAACCCUUGAGAAGCUCUGUGGCCACAUCAAUGGUAAUGUAGCCAAACAGGCGCUAAUGGCUGUUCAGAUACUGAAUGAGGAGCACCGCCUCUUUGAGCCAUAAAUGAGGCUAUCUACUUAGUGCACAAAACAUGCUACUGCAGUUUAGUACUGCCUUGGCUAACAAGCAGUACAUCAGGUUUGAUCUGUUGUGUCCAAGCAUCCAAGCAAAAUAUUGCUAGAGCUGGUGUGUUGUUUUUAAAAAAAUUAUAUUGAAGGGCUUUGGGUGAUGGGGUUUUUCGAAUAGGAUGUUAAGGCAAAUGAUAUUCACACAAGCCUCUUUCCAAGUCCACAACAUCAUCACCCCAAAACACUAAAUCCUGAUUAAAUCCUAUUCUCCCUUGCAUUCCAGCAGAAAUUACUCCAUUAAACUCACUUGUUUAACUGUGGAAUGGUUAUCACAGAUUGCCCUCUCAUCAUGUGCGAAUACAAUAUCCAUCCAUCAUGGGGGAAGCACAUGUACAGACCCCUGGCAAAAACUACAGAACUUCAGAAUAUAUUAAUGGAGGAAUUGCAUCUUUGAGCAUUUGGAAGUUUGGUUCCUG